AUGGACGAAGAUCCUUACUUUGGCAAAUUGCCGGCGGAGCUACUGGGCAAGAUAGCCAUCGCGCUGCUGCUUGACGAGGCGGCGAGGACCAGCGUCCUCACCCGCCGAUGGCAGAGUCAGUGGAGGUCGCCGGCGUUGCCGUACAGCCACUUCGCCGGCAACGGCAUCACCAAGUUCAUGCCCGACGAUUAUCCAAUCUCGUGCUUCGACACCGUGGGUGAAUUCCUGAGCUGGGUCGACCAGGUUAUCCGUCGGCGAGAGCUCUUCCCUCUCCGCCCAGCCCGCACCCGGUUGCGAAACCGCCGUACCGAGUUCUCCAUCGACUCUCUAGGGCUGAAUUUUGAACCAGAGGAUCCCCAUUGCGGAUGGAUCGAAUUCAAUAAGGACAGAUCCAAAACCACGGCGCCAUUGGUGGACGGCGCCUGCAUCUGCUGCCGCUCCAAAGUCAUUCCGACUCCGACUCCGAAGUCCGAACCUGCUUCCAAGUUCAAGUUCUAUCUAGAAUUGAGAAUGGACGGAGAUCCUUACUUUGGCAAAUUGCCGGCGGAGCUACUGGGCAAGAUAGCCACCGCGCUGCCGCUUGACGAGGCGGCGAGGACCAGCGUCCUCUGCCGCCGAUGGCGGAGUCAGUGGAGGUCGCCGGCAUUGCCGAACAGCCACUUCGCCGGCACUGGCAUCACCAAGUUCAUGCCCGACGGUUACCCAAUCUCGUGCUUCGACACCGUGGGUGAAUUCCUGAGCUGGGUCGACCAGGUCAUCCGCCGGCGAGAGCCCUUCCCUCUCCGCCCGGCCCGCACCCGGCUGCGAUACCGCCGUACCGAAUUCUCCAUCGACUCUCUGGGGCUGAAUUUUGACCCGGAGGAUCCCAAUUGCGGAUGGAUCGAAUUCAACAAGGACAGAUCCAAAACCACGGCGCCAUUGGUGGACGGCGCCUGCACCUGCUGCCGCUCCAAAGCCGUGUCGUUUCUAACCCGCCCGCAGCCACAGCAGCUGCACGGAGGCCUCUCCCUGAGCAGUCUUUUGUCGGGAAGAAGGCGGAAGGAGCUUCUCAAACAAUUGACAUUACGGAACUACGACAUGGACAUCCUCAGAUUCCAAUUCGCCAGCCCAGGCAACAGUUUUAUGUAA